AGCCGGACGAGAUGAGGAGCUGCAGAGAGCGGACAAAAUGCGCUGCCGGCUGCCGAGCCCCGGCUGUCUGAUCACCCUGCUGACGGCGGCGAGCAUCCUACCCCCGGGAGAGCCUUACUUCGGAUUGACCGGGAAGGAGCCGCUCUCCGUGCUAUCGAGCCCGGUCCUGGAGGACUCGGGGCCCGGGAAGGUUCACCUGAAGCAGUGCGACAGCUUGAAGCUGUUCCGCCGCCAGAAGCGGCUGUGCCGGAGAGAGCCCGGUCUGGCGGAGGGGCUGAGGGACGCGAUCCGCCUCAGCGCGCUCGAGUGCCGCUACCAAUUCAGGACGGAGCGUUGGAACUGCAGCUUGGAGGGCAGGGCUAAUCUCCUCAAACGGGGUUUUAAGGAGACUGCCUUCCUGUUUGCUAUCUCUUCAGCUGGACUCACACAUUCAUUGGCCAAGGCUUGUAGCUCAGGCCGCAUGGAGCGUUGUACCUGUGAUGAGUCCCCGGAUCUGGAAAACAGAGAAGCAUGGCAAUGGGGUGGCUGUGGGGACAAUCUCAAGUACAGCAUUAAAUUUAUCAAGCACUUCCUGGGACCGAGGAAAGCCAGCAAGGACCUGAGAGCCCGGGUCGAUAUGCACAAUACCAAUGUGGGCAUCAAGGCUGUGAAAAGUGGUUUGAAGACCACUUGUAAAUGCCAUGGUGUCUCUGGGUCCUGUGCAGUUAGAACAUGCUGGAAGCAACUCGCAUCCUUCCAUGAAACAGGAAAACUUCUCAAGCUCAAAUAUGAAACUGCUGUUAGAGUUCACAGCAUCACUAAUGAUGCCACAGGUGAAACUGAGCUCAUCAGCCCCAAAAAGCACAGUUACACCAUAAAGAACCACAUCCCAAGGACUACAGAUCUCGUUUACAUCGAGGAGUCCCCAAGUUUCUGUCGACCGAGUAAAUACUCUCCAGGAACUGCGGGCAGGGUCUGCUCAAAGGAGACAAACUGUGAAAGUAUGUGCUGUGGCCAGGGUUAUAACACCCAGAGCCUCCUGGUGCACAGAGCCUGCCACUGUCAGGUGCAAUGGUGCUGCUAUGUGGAGUGCCAGCAAUGUUCUCAAAGAGAAGAGAUUUACACUUGCAAGCACUAACAAGAAGAAAAUGAGACAAUGAAGAAGAGGAUAACAAAAUAAAACCACGGUUUGUGGUCUCUUGUAAUAAUGAGACAAACUCAUAAGCCCAGAAAAGACACUUGUAAAACAUUCGAGAUAAAUUUCAUUGACUCCAUUAUUGAAAAUGCAAGCUUUUGGAAUUUAAAGAACCUUACUUCAGAAGAUACUUACACAAUUCAUUUCAUUCGGAAAUCCAGAUCUAUCCAAUUGUCAGAACAGUCCAAAAUGUGUGCUGGGAUUUUGCGUUGGCUGGCAUAAUUGGCCAAAUUGAUCGAAGCCACACAAGAUGGUUUUAGAAUACUCUCCUUCAUUUCAUUUCAGUUAAAGAGUGACCAGUAAAUAAAUAAUGACCCACAAAGGUAUUCUGACUGCUUAAACAUGCUCUCUUUGAAAUUGUGGAUGCAGUGCUGGGGAAUGGGUGAAACUGUUUGUUAUCUUUGGGCCAAUCCUAUAAAGAGUGCAAACAAAACCUCCUAUGAUACAGGGUGUGAGAGGGACUGCAACUUCCUCUACCCAUCAUUGUUCAAAGGAGCCUUCAUCUCAUAGUCAGAUUGAUGGAGGCUGUUAUUUAACCUCUGCUCAAGUUUUGAACCAACAUGCCCCCAGGACAGUAUUAACCUUUAUCUAGGUUUGUCCCUGCGUUCUUUCAGCUGUUCUGCUACUCAGUCACCUGCAUAGCAUGUUGUGAAUGAAAUGCAUGCACAAUGAGUAACGUUCGCUGAGGCUACAGAUUCCUGGUUAGUGAUCACGUGUGAUGACUACGUAAGAGAGACUCUCACAGUCUUUCAAAAAUAAUCAAUAGUUGUCAAAAUGUAGAACAAUAUAGUAUAACUUUUAGCAAAAGAAAAUACACAUCUUAAACAUAAAAUCUGCUUAUAAAACUUGUUUGAUCUAAAUCCUGUUCUCAUGCUGCGGUGUGUGAAUGGCUAGUUCUGUUCCCAGAAGUGGGACAUCAAGCCCCAGACUUUGUGGUGAACAGGGAAAUGUCUGCUUUUAUCUUUGAUCUUAAGGAAAGCUGCCCACAAAAAUCUAGUGAUUCCUGUGAUGUGGAUUUCACAUUUCCAGGCAUUCAUUUGAUUCUGGCAUCUACUCCAGUGGAUCUUUUGCAUUUAGUAAUAGUGAUUGUCAGCAAGCAAACUAAGUGGCCUAUAACAUUAAACCUUUCUCACAGACAGCUAAACAGGAAGUAAAAUGCACUGAAUGUGCAUCACUUUUUAACCAUUUUGCAGACAGUGAAAUAAAAAUUGAGAUGUACACACGGGAGCAAGAUAGAAGUUGAAAUACUGUAAAUAAACUUUAAAACAAAAAUAUUUUUUAUUAGCAUUAAAACUUUUAUCAUAAUGAAGAAAUUUUGCAUAACUCAAAUGAUAUUUGUUUAUCAGGAUCAAAGAUGUUGCUCAUAAAUAAUUAUAAUUUUGCAUGUUGUUAAAAAAAAUUACAUCUCAUUCAACAAAGCUUAGUAUAGUUGAAGGGUUUUAAAGUGAGAUUAAAUUGUAAAAACUGGAAGUUCAUGUAAAUUCAAAUGACUUCUAAAGAUUUCCAUCCUCAGGACUUCUAUAGGGCACUCUGAGAUGGAACAGGGAAUCUCUGCAGCAAUGUCUAGAUUUCUGCACUGAACUCUGCAUGCCUAGACGCUGGAACCUGCUGUCAUUCUCACAGUUUUAAUGACAGCAAAUGUUGACAGUUUUAUUGUCACUUAAACCACAACAUUUGGCAAAUUGUCUCAAACAUAGAAAAUUAGGAAUGACCCCUAGCAAGCACAACAAGACUAUCCUUUUCUUGAUCACAACCCUACCAGUUAACUUCUCACUUCAUUUCUAAAUCCCCCAUCUUAAAUUGACAUCUAUUAUGUAUUUAACUUCAUGGUGGCUCAGUGGUUAGCACUGCUGCGUCACAGUGUCAGACCCAUGUUUGAUUCCACCCUUGGGUGACCGUCUGUGUGGAGUUUGACAUUCACCCCUUGUGUGUACUGAUUCCCUCUUUUAGUCCCAAAGAUAUGUGGGUUAGAUGGAUUGGCCAUAUUAAACUGCCCAUAGUGUCCAGGGUUGUGCUGGCUAGGUGGAUUAACCAUGGGAAAUGCAGAGAUAGAGUAGGGGACGGUGGGAUGCUUUGCAGAGGGCCAGUGUGGACUCAAUGAGCUGAAUGACCUGCUUCCACACUGCAGAGAUUCAAUGUGCAUUGACUUUGGGUGAAAAUAUUUUGCUUGAAUUUCAUCUUAAUUUUCUCAUUUUUACAUGUCUCCUUGUAUUCAAGCCGAUCAGUGCAUUGUGCAAUGCAGUUGCGGAUACUUCAUCAAUUCUUUCCCUGCCCCUAAAAAUGGUUUCUUUUCCUCUAAGAAACAAAGGCCAACAUUGUGAAUAUUUCUUUUUUACUUAAUAAUACUCAAAAUGAAAAGGGAAAGUUGUAUUCACAUUUACACUCAGGUGAUGUUGGGAGUCCAUCAAAGGUAUAAACAAGCUGAUAAAACUAGUAAUGAGAAUCUCGAAUGGAGACAUACUAGCCUUUUUGAAAAUUAAGAUAUAUUAUUUAAGAUAUGGUAAUUGGUGCAUGUCUAUAAUGUAAAUAUUGAUGUUUAUUUUACAAGUUUUUAUGGACUAUUGUAAGAAGCUUAAAGUUUAUUUUUUAAUCUAAACUGGAAUAGAUGCGUUUCUACUAACAGACCUAGUUUAGGAAAUAACUUUGCCCCAAAUACUAAUGGUAACAUCGAAAAAAAUCUGCAUCAAAGUGUGUUUUUACACAAAUGUGUAUUUGGUAUGCAGUGGAGAUACAUAAAAUGUGAAAAAUACUUCACAAGGAUUUCUUUACAUAUCGGCGCAGUGACCAGUGCAGUAUUAAUUGUAUCCUGCACAGUCAUAUUGCAUGUUUGGUUUCAUUGCCAAGCAUUUAAAGAUGCAUUUUUGUCUGCUGGUGGAAGCAAGUUGCUGAGAAAAGUUACUGGGAGCAGCAUGGCGACUUAAUGGUUAACACUGCUGCUUCACAGGACCCAGAUUCAAUUCCACCCUCAGGUGAAAGUCUGUGUGGUGUAUGUAUAUUCUCCCUGUGACUGUGUGGCUUUCCUCCCACAUACUCUGGUUUCCUCCCACAGUCCAAAGAUGUGCAGGUUAGAUGGAUUCGUCAGGCUAAAUUGCCCAUUAUGUUCAAGGAUGUGUAGGCUUGGUACCUUAGCCAUUGGAAAUGUGGGAUUACAAGGGUGGGAUGAUAUGCUCUUCAGAGGGUUGGUAUGGACUCAAUGAGCCAAAUAGCCUGCUUUCACACUGUUUGUGAUUUUUCAAAGUGCCUGUGAUAUACUGAACAAUAACUGAGUGAAGUAUAUAACCCAACAGACCAGCUUCGAGCCUGGCAAAGGAGAUUUUGACACUUUUCUCAUCAAAGCUAGUAGCAGUGUUUAUGGUUUAAUUUCCUCUGCAUGCUUUGUUUUAGCUGGCUGCUUAAUACAUUUCUGUAAAAUCCUUUCUCCAUGAACUCACAGUAGCAGUUACGAAUGCCAUCAACAAGGUGGAUUGCAACAACUCACCCAGGUUCCUUAGAUAGCACCUUCCAAACCUGUGGCCUCUAGCAUCUCGAAGGAAAAGGGCAGUAGAUGCAUAGGAACACUACCAUCUGCAAUGCCCCUCCAAGCCACAGACUAUCCUGACUUGGUACCUGUAGUGUAUCACCAUGCCUUCACUGUCACUGGGGUCAAUCAUGGUUCAUGUUCCUCCCUAACAGCACCAAGGACUGCAGCUCCAAGAAGGCAGUUCACCACCACCCUCUCAAGGGCAAUCAGGGAUAGACAAUAAAUGAUGAUCAAGUGCCCACAUUCUAUGAAUUAAUUUAAAAAAAAGAACUACUUGUAAUAUAUUAUAUUUUUGAAAUAAAUUUUGGGUACAACCACUACAGCAACAAGUGCACCUUCCUAGUGCCUUAACACUUAUACAAUGUUCUAGGACUAUGUUGCAAUGAUACAAAUGGGAGUUGCUUGCAAAUAUGUUAACAAGUGUGCUUGAAGCAGCGUGGUCACCCCCGAUGCUUAAGAAAACAGUUGAUUUAUUCCCCAUUGAAAUAAACAGUAAAUGGAAUAUGGCAAGUCAAAAUGGCUCCCUUGCAGUGUGUCAUGCUAAGCAUGCUGUUGUAAAAUGAGAUAUUCCAUGCAGUAAAAUAAGAACCAUAAAGACAGGCAUUGUGAUAUUCUGGUGAACUUGCUGUUGGAAUUCCAUCGGUACAGGCUUUUGAAAUAAAAAGCAGCACAGGGGCUCAGUGGUUAGCACUGCUGCCACACAGCACCAGGGUCUCAGGUUUGAUCCCAGCUUCGAGCGACUGUCUGUGUGGAGUUUGCACAUUCUCCCCGUGUCUGUGUGGGUUUCCUCCCACAAUCCAGAGAUGUGCAGUCUAGUGAAUUGGCCUUGCUAAAUUGCCCAUAGUGUUCAGUACAUCAUUCGGAGGGAAUGGGUCUGGGUGGAUUACUCUUUGGAGGGUCGGUGUGGACUUGUUGGGCUGUUUCCACACUGUAUGGAAUCUAAUCUAAUCAGAAAACACUUCAAGGUGAAGCUUAUUUAUGUAUCCCUAUGCAAUUGCAGGUCUCUGAAAAGGAGUAAACUAGAAAACUACGACCUGUUUGAAAUACUUCAUAGAUGCAAAAAAAGUUCCAUUAAAGAUUCUGGGGCAGAACCCAUUGCUUUAUUAAUUUAUCUGUUGAUGCUCUAAGGGAAAAUAAAAUUAUUUUUCUACCUCAUGUGUACAGCUUGUAGGUAAAUAAAAUCUUAAAAUGUAUUUAAGUUAUUUAUCAGCUUUAUAUAACAGAAAGAGAAAAU